GUAUGUGUGGAUUCGGAGGCACUGUGGCGAUGCCUACACACAGAUCUGCACUCGGUUCGGCGCCGGACAGACCUCUGCUGCUGCACAGCGUGUUGGAUGGACUACCUUAUCUGCGCUGUGGACGUAAAUAAUUGUAGUGAACUUUGAUAUUUUUUAUCUUUUUUUUUUAGUGUUUCUCCUUUGACAGCUGAUGGGUGGAACUUUACGCAGGGAAACAGCAGGUGAGUCCAUGAGGCUACACCUGAGGGAUAAUCCUCCUCGAAACCAGUUUGUUUUCUCCCCCUGCCUCCACUUGUUGAUGGGAAAUACUAGGCUUCCCCGGCGGGCGUAACACGGAUAUCCCUAUGCGUAAUUUGGAUAAAACCCCUAUCCGGUGCUGGGGCUGAAUAAGUUUAAAACCUGCGAGGUUUCCUGACAGAUGGCGGUGAUGUUUGGCGACCGGUAACAGCUCAUAAGAUCGUCUUACACACAGGCUGCCACCAGGUGAGCAGCGGCAUGGGGAACCAGAUGGACAAACUGUCACAUUUAAGUUACGCAGAAGUUCCCACGGUGGACCCGAACGGCGUGGACACAGAGGAGGGUCCGCGGAUCGGUGUCUCUUACAUCUUUUCAAACGACGAUGACGAGCUGGAGGAUGGUUGUGCGGUGGAUGGCACCCUCAGAGACCCGAAUCAGGAAGAGAAACAAUACGAUCAGCGAGACGAGGUGGAGUGCGCCGUCUACUACAGAGAUGAAUGCAUAUACGAGAAGAGCGCCAAGUGUGCCAGCCUGGAGGUUUACUCUCCGGAGAAUUUGCUCAACAAAUGUAAAGCAGGGGAUCUGGUGGAGUUUGUGGCCACGGGGCAGUACCCUCACUGGGCUGUUUAUGUAGGGGACUUCCAGGUGGUGCACCUUCACAGAGCUGAGGUGAAAAACAGCUUUCUGACGGAUGCGAGUCAAGGGAGGAGGUGCAGGAUUGUGAACGACUUGUACAAAUUCAAAGCUCUGGGCGCAGACAUGGUGGUGCAGAACGCGAUGGAGCAGGUGGGCUUAAAGGACCGAGAGCUGAGCUGGAGGAACUCUGAGUGCUUUGCAGCCUGGUGCAGAUUCGGCAAAAGGGAGUUCAAAAUGGGCGGGGAGAUCCGGAUAGGCAAACAACCGUACAGGUUGAAAAUCUUCAUUUCAGACAAAAACGCGCACGUGUUGGAGUUUCAGAGUUUAGAGGACAUGAUCAUGGAGAAGAGGAGGAACGAUCACCUGGGCAGGAUAGCCGUGCUGCAGGAACUGGCAGCGCAUUUUAACAACGUGGAGGCGAUAAAAAGUGAGCCAGGCGCUGACUGACGUGUGCCCUUUCAAAAUAAUGGCUCUGGAAGUAGAGUAGCCUUUACCAAACUGUUCACCCUGCUUUAAUCUAUAGCAAGCCUUCACUUCUUCCUUUUGUUUUUAAUUGGAACAAACAUACUAUCAUAUUAGUGGGAUUCCAUAUAUGAUAAUAGUAUUGCCUUAAGGACCCCCGAUGCUACAUGGCCUUCAGUUAGUUACCAGAUAGAAAUGUCUCAUUUGGUCUGCUAGUUGCUCCUCUCAGAAUGUAUAGUUUUCUAAAAGCUUUACCAAUCUGUCUUAAAAUAUCCUGAUUCUGUGUGUGAAGUUCUGUUUUUCUGUUCAUUGAAUGUUCUGUUACCUGAUCCUGCUGAGUUUUAACUUCCUCCCUCAGCUCACUCACAUGGCAGAGUGUCAAAGCUGCAAACAAGAAGGAUUCUGUCAGCCUUUGAAGGUACAAUUUUCUCACACCAGCACAAAUGAAAGAUUGUUGCUACACUGAUCAGUAUGUCUCAACUGUAAAAGUCAAGUAAACUGUGUGUCUCUUUUUGAAA